AUGAACGUUGGUCAUUCGCAGAAGGUGCACAAGCCCGCUCAACAGCAACCCACCGCCCGGUCCCUCUCCCCCUCUCCCUCCUUCUCGCAACUCGGUAGUGUCUUGUUAUCGCAACAGAUCAAUGUGAAUGACUCUUGGGUUCUCUUUGGCAGUGCUAACUCCGGUGAAAUCAUCAUUCCUGCAGUUUUCCAAGAGAGAGGCGAGCUCGAAGCAAAAAAAACCGGCGAGCAGUUCGAAUACGAAGAAGACGAUGACAUUCUAUCUUCAAGCUACUGUAUUUCAACAAAGUACCCCGAAUCACUAUUGCAUGGCAACCUUGAUGAGAGCGACACAAACGAAGAAGUGGCUGUGGGGGAAGACAAUGAUGACGACGAUGAGUUGAUUGAUACUUUUGAAGAGGUUGCUCUUCAAUUAUCUUUUCCUAACCAUAAUGGAAGAGGGUCCUUCUCUACACCCACCAAAUGCGGCGCAUCUGAGGCAGAACCAGAAGCUACCCCAGUUGCUACGUCAGCUUGCGCGCAGAAAAGAACAAAGGAGGAUCUUCAAACUCGCAUUCAGAAAUGGCAAGAUACUGAUUUGGUUUUUGAUGAUGGUACAUACUCCCUUAUUUCCGAGACUCCCAAAGAAUCUGAAGCACCGCCGUUGCUUAAGGGUAUUUCACUCCGCAGGCCUAGUUUGUUGGACCAAAGAAGACCCUCAAGGGAUGAUAAUGUUGCCUCGUGGAAUGUGAAUGAUGAGUUGGAGCAGCACGUGGUUACACGCCCUUCCCCCUCUCGUGGCGAAAAAUUGGCAGGGGAAGGUACUUCCCACCCCACCCGUUCCAAACGUGUGUACGGUGAGGAAGUUUUGAGAAUCUACUCACCCAAGGAUAUCGCCAAAAUCAAGAGAGUUGCGCAAGAAUUCUCUACCUCGUUGAAUAGGGGCGGUGCCGGCACUGGCCCCGGCAUAUCUCAUCGCCGUCACCACCAUCCAAGUCGUCACGGUUUGCACAAUAUGAGCCAACACGCCCAGCCCGCAAAUACUCCGAGGAUUACAUAUUCGUCGCUACUCCAGCAGCAAAUGCAGAAGCAUUCUGCCAUUACGCAUCAAGGCUAUUUGAAUGAAUUCUACUCGCCGUGUAUCAGAAGUUCCGGGGCGGGAUUUGGUUCCUCGUCAUGGAAUAGAUGUGGCGUUGACUCCAGAACUUCGUUUCUCUGGGAAGGUGGUAGGAGGGAAGGCGAAUUCGAGAUGGAUAGCUUUUCCUCAUCUAUAAGCACCACAACUGCAAGUACGGAUCAAUAUUAUUAG